CACGUCGUGGCUUUGUAGUGUCGAGUAGAAGUAAUGCCAACGUCAGUCAGCAGCGAGUCUCGACUAAUUUGAGUUCCACGGGGCGAGCUGAGAACAAGCAGGGCCGGUGCAAUUCACUGCUCGGUAUAUAUCCGCCGCUGGGAUCCCAUGCGUUGGCUGACUAGGGCGGUUAUGCAGGCGUGGGCCCGUUGUCUUUUUUUGCUUGUGCCGUCGCUCCGCUGCAGCACCGCUGCGCUGUCAGCCGUACCGUGCGAAGCGGGUGCGAGUCAGCGGCGUGGAGAGCGGUGGGUGGCUGCAAUGCAGCGUGAAAGUGGAUUGCCGGGCUUGGGCGAGCGGGGCUGGAGCAAGUCAUUCACUCAAUCAAAAUAAUGGUGCGAGGCAUGAAGCGUGAAGCGUGUGCUGUUGCAGCAGCAGUCGGCGGGCAGGGAGCUGG